AGUUGACAGGAUCCUACUUGGAUUCUGUGGUUCUUAGAUUGAGUCUUUGGUCCAGUCAGUCAGGUGCCGAGGUCUAAGUGGUGAGGUCUGGAAUUGUUGUCCGGUUGUGCACCUAUCACCAUGGUUGACACUCGUAGUGGGAAGAGCACCAUGCCCUAUAGCAAGGCUCAAGAGGAGCAAACCGCCGCCAUCUUAAGAGAGAGAAAGGAGAAGAAGGAGAUUAUUAGACAGGCGACGAUGAAGAUGAUAGCAGGGGAGCAGACAACGAAGAAAAAGAAAUUAGAGGAGGAGAUGAAGAGGUUGCAUCAAGAGGAGGAAGAGAGGAUGAAGGUUGCAGUAGAGGAAGAGAUUGAAGAAGAGGAGCAGCCAGAAGAAGAGCACCUGAUAAGAAGAAGAAUGGGGGGAAGAGGAGAGAGUAGUGGCACGAAGGAAGAUGACCCGUGGGUCUUGGGGAAGUUGAGAGAGACUAACUUCAAGAUCAAUGCGAAGAAGUGCGAGUGGGCCAAGACACAAGUCUUCUAUUUGGGCCACGUCCUAGACGGAGAUGGAAUUAAGCUUGAGGAUAGUAAGAUAGCGGCGAUUAGAGGUUGGCGGACGCCCCGCACGAUGACAGAAUUGCGGUCGUUCUUAGGCCUAGCUAACUAUUAUAGGAAGUUUGCGAGAAACUUCUCCGCUAUCGCCGCUCCCCUCCGCAGGUUGCUCAAGAAGGAUGCAAUUUGGAAGUGGGACAAAGAUUGUACAUCCGCUCUUAAGAAGUUAAAGCGAGCGUUGAUAGAGUACCCUGUCCUCAAAGUGGCAGAUUCGUCCUUGCCAUUUGUGGUCACCACGGACGCAAGUCAGUAUGGUAUAGGCGCCGUGUUGCAGCAGGACGACGACAAUGGCUAUAGACCCGUGGAGUUCAUGUCAGCGAGGAUGCCGUCAGAUAAAGUAGCUACCUCGACUUACGAGAGAGAACUCUACGGUCUCAGGCAGGCUUUAGAGCACUGGAAGCAUCUGCUUGGGAGACACUUCAAAGUUUAUUCAGACCACGAGACCCUUAGGGUAGGAGGAAGAGGAGAAUCCAGUGGCCCAAAAGAGGAUUUGAUGGAGGAGAAGAUUACAGAGUGGGUUGCGGGACUAUCACUGGGAGAAGAUGACGAGGCCCUAAUGUAUGUGCCCAGGGACGAACAGGAGGCAGCCGUAAAAGAAUGGGAGGCUGAAGAAGAUCCGCUUAAGCGUCUGGUGUUGGAAGAUGAAAAAAGGAUGGAGUGGAAGUUUCGCCUGACAAGGGAGAGGAAAAGAAGGAUGGAGGCGGCAAGUCAGGCGGCGAUAGAGUUAGAAGAGAUAAAGAAACAGAAGGAUCAGAUGGCGGUGCAAGUGGACUUAUUGGGGAAGAUGGAGAUUAUGGCAAAGAGUAUAGAGCGCCUAACACGAGUCCAGGAAGAGCAACUUUUAUUUGGUAGAAGUCAGGACAUUGCUGUGCGCUCUAUACAAUCGGGGCUCCGGGACUUUGCACGGGAACUGGUGACACAGGUGGGCUCCGAAGUGACAGCCCGCCUAGACAGUACAGAGCGCUAUUGUACGGGUGCCAUAGAGGGCGCCAGACUGACUGCUCCCAAGGAGGAGGAAGCACGACCCCGUAGGGAGCCUGUCAAAGUCAAGUUCCCCGAUGCCUACAGUGGAAAGAAGGAGGAGAACUUUGACAACUGGGAGGCCAAUAUUAAGACCUAUGUGCACUUGCAAAAGGUCUCCCCAGAUGAGCACGUGCUAGUCGCUAUUCACGCGCUAAAGGAGGAGGCCGCCAGUUUUGCCCGAUCCCUAGUCCGCGCUGCAAAUUGCAACGAGGAUGUAGUUGCCUACUCUGCGUUUACUCCCCUCGCUGACUUUCUUAAGUUGUUGCGCGAACGAUUCGCAGAUGUCUCUCGCAGUGUAAAAGCCUCUGACCGAUUGCAGACUAUCCACUCUCGUCAGUGGAGGAGUGCCAAGGCACUCAAAGGGUUAAUGGACGAGUUAGUGGCUGUCCCUGACCAUGGGUUCACAGAGACCCAACUGGUCAACCUCUUCUAUCGGGCUAUGCACGAAUCGUUACGUGGGCACUUCUUUGAGAAGAGCCAGCAGCCUACCAUGACUUACGAUGCUUUGAGCAGGGAAGUGGUAGCUUUUGAAGCACGGUCCAUGUCAGUUUCCACUUUCUGGCACAAGGACCUUGACAAAGGGAAGAAGUGGAAGGGUCACACUAUCUCUGGGCAGAUCAAGACCAAGGACCGUCUGCUCCUUACGUUAGAUGAAGGUAGUGUGGAGGAAGUCCCCUACGAUCAGAUAGAGUGGGGGCUAGAGGAGGAGAAGGAGGACGGUAGCGCUAGCGAGGGGAGGACUUACGCUGCUGUCGCGGCCGGAGGGAGGCCGCAAGGAAGAGGAGGCCAGGGCCAAGGGGGCCGGGCCUCAGGUGGCCAUUUCCAGGGCGAUCAGGGGGUUGGCGGUAGAGGAGGAAACCGCCAAGCGGGAGGAAGGGGUCAAGGUUCCCCGCAAAACCGUUUUGGCAACCGUUCACCUAAUGGGGGUAUGGACUGGGGAGAGGCAGCAGGGGCCACACUCCACUUGAGAGAGCAUGAGUGUAGGCUCCCUAGACCGUCAGGCGAGGUUAAGAUUGCCCGUCUGUUCCAUGCGUCAGGUGUAGAUAACACCCUGGCACAUUGCUGCCUCAGUGCUCCUGCGUUUGCCCGAUUGGUAAAGAAGGAGAAAUUAAAGGAACAGGUCUUCGUAGUCUACGUCAAGCCUGUCACUGAGCCUAAGGAGGAGAAGCCCAUUGACCCGGCUAUUGCCAAGCUGCUGGAAGAGUUUAAGGAUUUAGUUGAGCCGCCGACAGGAGUAGUACCAUGGCCCAUCCAACACCGCAUUGAGAUUGAGCCUGGCAGUAGAACUCCCAAAGGAGCGGUGUAUAGAAUGUCCCCGCGGGAGUUGGAGGAGCUACGCAAGCAGUUAGACGAGCUCCUGGAAAAGGGUUGGAUUAGGCCCAGUUCGUCUCCAUUCGGAGCACCUGUUCUAUUUGUCCCCAAGAAGGAGGGAGAGCUCAGAAUGUUUGUAGUAGUGUAUCUAGAUGACAUUCUAAUUUUUAGCAAGACCCUCCAAGAGCACCAGGGUCAUCUCAAGCAGGUCUUGGAGAAGCUGAGAGAGGCUAACUUCAAGAUCAACCCCAAGAAGUGCGAGUGGGCAAAGACCCAAGUUUUGUACUUAGGCCACGUCUUGGACGGAGACGGCAUUAAGCCAGAGGAUAGCAAAAUCGCAGCGAUUAGAGAUUGGCCUACACCUCGCACGCUGAUAGAGUUGCGAUCGUUUUUAGGCCUAGCGAACUACUACAGGAAGUUUGUGAGAAACUUCUCUACCAUCGCUGCACCCCUUCGCAGAUUGCUAAGGAAAGAAACAAUUUGGAAGUGGGAUAAGGACUGCACGUCUGCCAUGAAGAAGUUGAAGCAGGCAUUGAUAGAGUAUCCAGUCCUUAAGGUCGCCGAUCCGUCCUUACCUUUCGUUGUCACCACUGACGCGAGCCAGUAUGGCAUAGGUGUUGUACUACAGCAAGACGAUGGCAAUGGAUAUAGACCCGUAGAGUUCAUGUCUGCGAGGAUGCCUUCAGAGAAGGUAGCGACAUCCACCUACGAGAGGGAACUCUACGCUCUCAGGCAAGCACUACACUGGAAGCACUACUUGCUUGGGAGGCACUUCAAAGUCUAUUCAGACCACGAGACAUUAAGGUGGUUGAAGACGCGGGCCAAGAUGACACCUAAGUUGACUAGGUGGGCCGCAGAGAGAGACCAAUACGACUUUGAGCUCAAGCCAGUCAAAGGCAAGUAUAACGUAGUUGUGGAUGCUCUAAGUAGAAGAUUAGAUUACUUUGGGGCUAUAGUACACUAUCUGGAUAUAGGGAGAGACCUGCAGGAGAAAGUGAGGCAAGCGUAUGCGCAUGACCCUAUCUAUAGUGACCUCUUAAAGAGAGUUAAAGAGGCCCCAAAGACUGAACCAGAUUACCGCACUACCGAGGGUUUGCUAUUCGAGAACCGUCGAUGCGUUCCUAACAGUGAGGAGAUCCGUAGUCUGAUCUUAGGGGAGUGCCAUUACACAGAGGGACACUUUGGUUGGCAAAAGACUUUAGCCAAUCUGAUGCGUGCGUAUAUCUGGCCAGGGAUGAAAAAUGACUGCAUAGAGUAUGUCCGCAGUUGCAAAGUGUGCCAGAGGAAUAAGACUACUACGUGCGCGCCCCUCGGUUUUCUCAGACCCUUGCCUAUUCCUGAUCAACCUGGAGACUCAGUGUCCAUAGACUUCAUGGAAUCUCAGGUUAAGAGUAGGCAUGGCAAGAGCCAAGUCAUGGUCAUAGUUGAUUGUUUUAGCAAAUAUGUUGUUUUUGUUCCUUUCCCUUUUGAGGCACGUACAGAGUUAGUAGUGCAGAAGUUCUUUGAUCAUUGGGUCAGUGAACACGGGAUUCCGCUGUCUAUACUUAGCGAUAGAGACACCCGGUUCACUAGUCAGAACUGGCAGGAGUUGGUGAGAGUAUACGGUUCCAAGCUGUUGAUGUCAUCUGGCCGUCAUCCAGAGACCAACGAUCAGACUGAACAGAUGAAUAAGGUCCUGCAACAAGUUAUGCGUAUGUAUGUUAGACCUGAUCAAAUCAACUGGGAUGAGAUGCUCCCCAAGGUAGCCAGUGCCUACAAUAACAGCGUACACCUGUCCACGUGUCGCACUCCCAACGAGUUACAUAAGUCCUUUAGACCGCGCAGACCGUUUGACGGACUUAACCGGGAUCAGAUUCAGAGGCUACCGCCCGGUACUAGGGAGUUUGCGUUACAGCACGGGAAAGAGUUAGCUACCGUUAUACAGAACCUCAGGAAGGCCCAACAUAGGAUGAUAGAGCAAGCCAAUAAACACCGUCGCCCGUCACAGUUUCAAGUAGGCGACUUAGUCUGGGUCAAGUCAAAAGAGUUUGUUCCUGAGGAGAACAUUUCACAGAAGUUACUGCCUGCAUAUAGAGGACCGUGGCCAGUUCUAGAAGUAAAGGGCGGAGAAGAUGGACCGUCCUACACGAUAGAGAUACCAGCACACCUCCACACCUACCCUGUGUUUCACGCAUCAAAGUUGUUGCCGUGUGUUACAAGCCAGGAGUUUCCAUCUAGACAGUCCAUGAUCCCUCCAGACAUGGACGAAAGAUAUGACAUUGACGGCAUUGUAUAUGAAGAUGUAUUCAGGACAGGAGGUAGAGGUCGUCCUCAGAAACAAUACAAGGUCCAGUUUGCGUAUCAGGAGCCGGAGGAUGACCGCUGGUUCACAAGGUCAGAACUUCUAGAAACAGCUCCCGACAUUGUUAGAGCCUACGAGAGAGAUCAGAGAGGAAAAGGUCCUGCCUUAGAUUGAAUUAUUCUCGGAGGACCUCGAAUUUAGGACGGCGGGAAUGAAAUGGUAUUCACCAG